AUGGAGGAGAGGCAAGCUCCUGCCGAGAAGACCACCACCAGACCUGAACGUAAGGAGGGCGAGACUGCACAAGAUGAAGAGACAGUUGAGGAGGCUAUCGAGCGGAGGAAUAGGACAGCAGAGGUCCAGCUGAGAGGAGCCGAGGUGAGGCAGGGCAGUCUGCGUGUGGGCGAAGGAGCGGGGAGGGGGAUGAAGUUAUGGGAGGGCAGCUUCGAGGAGCACCUGAACAGGCUGCGAGAGGAGGGAAUGGGAGACAGGGGCAAGCUGGUCUCUAGAGGAUACUUCAAGGCCGUGCAGAAAUAUGAGCCGGACCAGAACGUCUUGAACAAGUUCCUUGUCCAGCAGGCUGCCCACCAGGGCGACGAGAGCGCCCCCAGCACAAGCCGGUCGCACUACAGGCCUGAGGCAGAGAUGGAGGACGACAAGCCCAGCAUGCCCUCAGCUCGAGUCGAGGACGUGCGAGCUGAGAAAUUCACUUCGUCACAGUGGGAAUACGACCCGAGCGAGAAGCACAGAGGGCUGGUGUCGCUUUGA